GAGAGGAGAGAGAGAAUGAAAAGCACGCUAAGUGAGAGAGGCGUUCAUACUGAGCCUAGCUGAGGCAACAGCUACAUCGCCUGUCACAUAAGCCACCGUCUACUCCGGGUGGGAUGGAGGACACCCUGACCUACUGAGGAGCACUCUGAAUCUCACAUCAGCCUCCUCCUGUGAAUGUUUGGAUCUUUUUUUUUUUUCUUUGUGGGAGGAGGAGGAUAGAAACCAAAAAGCUCUGACAGGAGGAGCCUGGCAGAGUGAGGAAAACAGAGGGAUGAGAGGCAGAGAGGGUGACUGAAGUAACUGGAGGAGCACAGGGAGGGCUGGCACCUGCUGGCAAGUUGUGGGGCCAAGCGAGCUGGAGGAGAGGAAAAAUAGAAUCGCACACACAGCUGGACAGAUGAGGAGGCGUGAGGGACCGUGCUUCAGUCCUGGGUGUGUGGUGCACUGACCCUGUCUGUGACGGGUGAGGUGUCAGAAGACCAGGGCCAUGACUGGCUCUCCUGGCCCUGGUGGGCGUGCCUUAGUGCAUUGGCCAAAAGUGCACCGGUGGCUCCUGGCGGUUUUUCUGGUUGCCACGAUAACCCUGAUGCAUCCAGAACGUAGCCAGGGCUGUCCACCACGGUGCGAAUGUUCGGCACAGCUCAGAUCGGUGUCAUGUCAACGGCGCCGCCUCACCAUCAUCCCAGAGGGUAUUCCCACGGAGACCCAGCUGCUAGAUCUGAGUCGGAACCGGCUCCGUUGGGUACAAGCAGGAGACUUGGCACCAUACCCGCGGCUGGAGGAGGUAGACCUAAGUGAAAACCUCAUCGCUACAUUAGAGCCCAAUGCCUUUGCCACCCUCCAUAGUCUUAAAGUGCUGAAAUUAAGAGGAAACCAGCUGAAGUUGGUGCCCAUGGGGGCCUUUGCCAAGCUGGGAAACCUGACGAGCCUUGACCUGAGUGAAAACAAGAUAGUGAUUUUAUUGGACUACACCUUCCAAGAUCUGAGAAGCCUAAAACAUCUGGAGGUUGGAGACAAUGACCUUGUCUACAUAUCUCACAAGGCAUUCUCAGGGAUGCUGGGGUUGGAGGAGCUCACAGUAGAGCGGUGCAACCUCACAUCUAUUUCUGGACAGACUCUUUCCUAUCUUCGCAAUCUGGUCAUCCUCCGGCUCCGUCACCUCAGCAUCACUGCUCUGGAGGACCAAAAUUUCCGCAAGCUCUCCAACCUUCGAGGUCUACAGAUUGAUCACUGGCCAUAUUUAGAAUACAUCUCCCCUCUAAGUUUCCAGGGCCUGGACCUCCAGUGGCUUUCUAUCACCAACACCAACAUAACAUCUGUCCCCUCUGCUUCCUUCAAGAACCUGGUGCACCUUACACACCUCAAUCUGUCCUACAAUCCCAUCACCACUCUUGAAUCAUGGGCCUUCAAAGACCUAUUGAGGCUGAAAGAGCUCAUCAUGGUAAGCACUGGUUUGUCCACAGUGGAACCCCAUGCCUUUGGAGGACUCAGACAGAUCCAGGUUCUCAACUUCUCCACCAACGACCUGCAGACUUUGGAAGAGGGCUCCUUCCACUCUGUCAACAGUUUGGAGACCCUCAGAGUGGAUGGGAACCCCCUAAUAUGUGACUGCCGUCUGUUGUGGAUCCUGCAAAGACGCAAGACCCUCAAUUUUGACGGCAGAGUUCCUGUGUGUGCAGGACCAGUGGAGGUGCGAGGUGUCAGAUUCAACACCUUCACUGAUUCCGCACUGUUCGAUCACUUUACGUGCCAGAAACCUAAGAUACGCAACCGUAAGAUGCAGCAGGUUGUUGCUCGUGAGGGUCAGCCAGUAAGUUUCCUGUGUCAGGCUGAAGGGGAACCUACACCUGUUAUCAUGUGGAUUUCACCGCAACGCAGACGGAUCACCGCUAAAAAUUCAGGGCGCAUUAUUGUUCUCCCUAGCGGCACCCUGGAGAUCCGUUAUGCCCAGCUUACUGACAGUGGAACCUACAUCUGCAUUGCCAGCAAUGCUGGAGGAAAUGACACCUACUUCGCCACACUUACAGUCCGUGGCCAUCCACUGGACGCCGCUUCAGCCUUCUUUCUCAAUCGUUCACUGUACAGCGGCGAGUUCUUCAAUGACACAAAUCUGAACAGCACACGUGUUUUCCUCAAGUUCACUUUGGACCUGACCACUAUCUUGGUCUCCACUGCAAUGGGUUGCAUCACCUUCUUGGGUGUGGUCCUGUUCUGUUUCCUGUUGUUGUUUGUGUGGAGCAGAGGGCGCGGCCAACGCAGAAACAAUUUCACAGUGGAAUACUCUUUCCGGAAAUCAGAACCCACCACUGGAGCCUCCUCAGGAGGAACCAGGAAGUUCAAUAUGAAGAUGAUAUGAAACCACGCAGCCAGGGGUCCCUCGGGGGAGGCAUGAGCACGUCCCAAAGGCGUGUUUGAUGCGCACAAACACACACAGCCACUGACUCGCAAAGAUGUUUGAAACAAUAAUACGACCUGCUAUUGGUAGCUGUAUUCAAUUAGAUGACCCCAUCAAAAC